GUGGCCCGAUUCGAAAAAUGACACGUUUAAGAUCGUGGAAAAAGCUUUAAAAGAUCGAUAACUAAACGACAUGUCAAAAUUAACCUUUAUUUCGAUUCCGCUGUGAUCCCAAUCACUUUAAUUGGACUACACGGUAUAAAUCGGUGUACACUAGCUAGCACACACAAUACAUUUUUUGAAAUGUUAAAACGGCUAAUUAAAGAAAAUUCGUAAAAAGCGAGUGACAUUUGAAUAGUGUAAAGACUGGUUGGAAUUUUGUUGCCUGAUUGGCUGAGAUUGAAUUCGUCAUUUAAAAUGCUGACUGUUUCUUUUUGUGUAGCAACCGCAACGGUGUGUGGUUUAUCAAGUCGCAGCUAAAAUGGCCGGCCAUGAGGAGCAAGAUGCGCCGUUUGUCCCCCUCCACCCCUAGCAGCCGGGCCAUGGACAAAUAUGAGCAGCUAGCUGUCGUGAGUACUCAUCAAGUAGCAACUAAAAUGGCCGGCCAUGAGGAGCAAGAUGCGCCGUUUGUCCCCCUCCACCCCUAGCAGCCGGGCCAUGGACAAAUAUGAGCAGCUAGCUGUCGUCGGCGAAGGCUCGUACGGCGUGGUGCUAAAGUGCCGCCGCCGCGACACAGGGCAGCUUGUCGCCAUCAAGAAGUUUCUGGAGACGGAGGACGACGCCGCCGUCCGCAAGAUGGCGCUGCGCGAAAUACGGAUGCUCAAGAAACUUCGCCACGAGCACCUGGUGAACAUGAUUGAGGUGUUCCGUCGCAAGCGGCGGUUCUACCUCGUCUUCGAAUACCUGGACCACACACUCCUGGAUGAGCUGGAAGCCUCCCCUGGUGGCUUAGGAGAAGAUACCGCUAAGAGGCACCUCUACCAGCUGUUGAAGGGGAUCGACUUCUGUCAUCAGAAUUCCAUCAUCCACCGUGACGUCAAGCCAGAGAACGUCCUAGUGUCCAACACAGGCAUCGUCAAGCUGUGCGAUUUGGGCUUCGCCCGGGCUCUAGCAGCGCCAGGCGAGCCCUACACGGAGUACGUGGCCACGCGGUGGUAUAGGGCGCCGGAGUUACUGGUAGCAGAACACAGGUACGGCCCUGAAGUGGAUAUCUGGGCAAUAGGCUGUUUGUUCGCUGAGAUGUUGACCGGCGACCCGCUGUUUCCUGGCGAUUCUGACAUCGACCAGCUCGCGCUCAUCAUCAAGACUGUCGGCAAGCUACCCCCACGCCACCAGCAAGUUGUAGCUCGCCUGGCUAGCGGCGCCGCGCUAGCGGCCGGCCCUCGAGGCUCGCUUCCAGGGACAGGACAUGCCAAGGACCUUCUAGCGGCUUGUCUGAGGACGGAGCCCCGCGCGAGGCCUUCUGCCGGCGCACUGCUUAGGCAUAAAUACUUUACUCAUGAUGGCUUCGUGGAUGUCUUCAACGCAGAACUGAGGAAAAAACUAGGAAAGGAACUACAGACACCUCCUCAGCAGAGUACAGCGCGCGUUGGGAAACCACGUCAACAAUGGACGCUGAACAUAAUCCCUGAUCACAGCAGGUCUUGCACGGAGAGCGCGGCCGGAGAAUCUUUGUUAGACUACAAUUACACUCCUGUUUCAGAGGCUCAAAUGGAGACAGUGUCGGAGAAAAAGCCACCGCACCCCUCCGAGGCUUCUCACGUGGCUGCUGAGAACACAGCACAAGCGUCUCGGAAGUCGUAUGCGACGGCCGCGCGCGCGCCGGCCCGCGCGCUCGCCCCUGCCCUCAACGACACUUUUCAAAAUUUCAACGUGCCAGUAAAUUCCUACCCCCGAACGCCUUACAUCAAGAAGGUGAACCACAAGCUGGUGAUGGACGAGGACCUGGUGCGAGGGCGUGCAGCCGCUAAGAAAGCCUUCAAGAAUCAGCCAGAGUUCUCCCUACCCUACGUUCCAGGAGCCAGCAACAGCCCAGUGAAGAUAGCAAAGAAACACCUACCAAUUGGGCCCAACAAAUCCUGCGGGAAUUGGGAGCGGACGGCGGAGCUGGCAUCCAGCGCGAGAACGCCCACCAACUUACCGUACAUGUGACAACAUGGCCACGGGUUGCUCCGGGCCCUCUUCUACUAACCACUUCGAUACCACAACGCCAUUGUCUUUUACUACCAGAUUUACAAAAUACCAGAUAUAUUGCCAAAUUACGAAUGAAGAUUUUUUUUAAACACAACUCUAGCUAGUAGUCUAACUUUUGCUCCGUAGAUACAAUUAGAAUCUGGUAAUUUUGUAAAACAUGGUAUAGUUGAAACUUUAUAAAUUGACCGCUUAGCACUUGAGAGAUUAUCUUGUAAACAACGACAUUGUUCUAAAAUAUUUUAGGCUACCGCCAAUAACAAAUAGCAAGUAACAUAAAACGCAUACAAAUAGCUACCAUCUUCUCUAAUACGCAAGGUUGAAAUUGCAAACUUUUUAAGGCAUUUUGUCACUGAAAGCGGUACAACGCUGACGACGUACCUUUCAAUGUCCAAGUAUCAUUAUCGAAUGUGCUAUGCUAUUGCAAUUUCAACCUGACUUAGAGAAGAUGGUAGGUACAAUUUGUAUGCAUUUUUUGUUAGUUUAUAUUAUUUGUUAGUAGCGGUAGCCUUAAGCAAAAGAGAAUAAUGUCAUUGUUAACAAGAUAAGCUCUCAAGUGAUAUCCGGUCAAUUUAAAAAAAAAUUCAACUAUAAAAAUAUAAAUUAAAUAUGUACCUAGUUAACGCAUUCACUGCCAGGGGGCGUGGCCUAGGAACAAACUUGUAUGACGGUGAACGCAUAUAUGCGUCGGUGGCAGUGAAUGCGUAUAAAUAUUUACGCAACAUAAGUGGAGAUUGGAUGAAGAACGCAAACAAAUUGGUAUUCUAGCAUUCUUCGUAAAGAAUUUAAACCGUUCAAUGGAGGUUAAAUUUAAUGUUCAUCUCAACAUGAGAUAUUUCCGGGCUAUUUUGUAUAAUUUAUCAUUCAUUGUUCUGAAUUUGUAUUUAUUUAUUUAUUUAAUUUUAUUCAUUUAAUUAUUUAAAAUUUGAUUCAGGCAACAAGGCCCAUAUUACAAAUACCUUACAGACUAACAUACAUAUACAUUUUAUAAAAUUACAACUAAACACUAUUUAGGCGACAAAACGGCGUGGCUCCGUUGAAUCGGCUGCUCUUGUGUCGGAUUCGGCAGUUUGCCCCGGAACCUCCGAAACACGACACCCUUCGGCCAGAAGACUUAGUGACUAAUCUAAACAAUAGUUCAGCUGUCGGUAAUCUAUACUAGUUUGUAUUGUACUUGUUUUACUAUCUUUAUAUUUUGUAUACAUUAGUAUGUUUAUUUUAGACUAUAUAGUUGCUUAAUUUAUUGUAUGAAAACAACUGUGAAAGUUCUAGAUCUAGAAGACACUGCCAAAAAGUAUUUAGGAUAUCGAAUUUAUCUGAUAUUUGGAAAAGUUUUGUAAAGAAAAAUGCACAACUGUAGAAAUUGAAAAUUGGAAUUAUGUUUCUUAAUUAUUAAAAGAGACAUCAAGGAAUUAGCCAUGAAAAUAACUUAUUAUUAUUAUAUUAUAUCUAUAUCUACUAUUUAAUAUAUUCCGUGUCUUGUCAAGAGACCAAAAAUUAAAUGGUCCAUGAAAAGGGUGUUUGUAAAUAAUGUAUAGUGUUACAUUUUAAUACUUGCUUAAUUAAUAAACACUUAUCAAAUAAAGGUAUUUUUUCUAAAUAAAACGACAGAGUAAUUGA